AUGAACGCUCUCGGCCUUGUGCUGCCCGUCCAGUCCCGAGCGCGGCCAAGCAUGGCGAUCCUCAAGGUCAACACGACGGCUCGGCUCUCCUGCCACACCCGAUACCUCGUCCUCCGUGUUAACCCCACCCAGAGGUGCCUGGCCUACACGUACAACGGCCUCAGCAGGUGCCCGAGGUGCCUCUGCCUGCAGAGCAACCCGCAGGCCCACAGGCGUGUGUGCAAGGGGAAGCUGCGCGUCAGGUUGCACGGCACCUCCUGCGAGAACCGAUGUGGUCUACUCCUCUCGAGCCCAGCCCAGGCGAAGCGCCACGCCGGCUCGUGCGAGGGCCUCCUCAUCGAGAGGGACAGGUACAACACCCAUGUCUGCCCAAAGUGCCACGUCGCCGGGUUCGGCCCUACCGUGAUCAGCAGGCACAUCCUCAAUUGCAGUGGGAGUCGUGCCCAGACGUUGGCGUCGUACAGUAACGCGCAGGUUAUCCACAGGUGCGAGGGCUGUGGCGACCAUUUCUUCUGGAACGCCCUGAGCACCCACGCCUGCCAUGUAUUUGGCGACCCCUUGUGGCUCGGGGAGAGCGCCCCCCCGGACACCACAAAGUCGUACAUCCGCUGGUGUCGUGAGCGCGGCCUCACCCUGGGUGGCUGCCCUGGGACGAUGCCCGACGUCAUAAGCGACACCACGAUCUCAAUUCCCAGCUCACCCGAGGAAUCGCGAAUCGGGCCUGGCGUGCUGCUUGAAGAAGAAGACCUGUCUGACGAUGAGGAUGUUUGGAGCGACUGCAGUAGCUGCGAGGAGGCGCGUGAGGAGAAGCAUACGAAUGAGGACAAGGAUAACGAUCAGGUUGAGGAUGAGGACAAGGAUGAGGACGAGGACGAGCACGAGCACAAGCACAAGCAGGACCAUUGUCAUCUGCUGGCCGCCGCGGGUAUCACAUUCGAUGAGUUCAAGCCCUCGACGUGCCAGGGGAUUGUCUGGAGGCAUGGCUUCUUCCCCUGUCCCUUUGGCACGACGAUCACCGUCGAGAACGUCAGGCUCUGGCGGAUCACGAUCGAGGGCAAGGCGUUGGUCCAGCUUGACUUGUUUUGUAAGAUGUGCGCGGGCAUCAAGUGUUCGGUCCGGGAUGGUCUGCGUGGCAAUCAGGACUUGGAGGUGCCCGUCUUCUUUGUUGAUACUGAAUCCGUUUACAACCGGCUUGAGCGCCGGUUUCUGGUUUGCCAGCUCGCUCUGCGCUCCUCCUCGUCCGGGGACCUACUCCUCUCAACCCUUGUCGACUACCAGCUGAGCUUCCGCCAGCUCCGGGGGAGGGUCCACCCGAGGAUGUGGCCGAAGCUCGCUCAGCUCUACCAGUUCUCCGGUCUCGAAUCCAGCACCCACGGCAUGACGACCGACCAGGUCGCCCGCCAGCUGGCUGACCUCGGCAUGUCGCCCAGCUUACACCUGGUUGAGUGGUCACUUAGUGGGUUUAACCUAAGGGCGCUGCAGGCGACAUUUGGGCCAUCCAUCUUCCCGAAGACCGCCUUGCUCGGCCACCACUUGUGGAGGAGCCUGGGCCUGAAGGGCAGCGUGGCCUUGUAA